AUCUGCAACAGAUUCAGAGUGCCCUAGUUUUACUAAAUCUCUCCCUUUGUUUUACGGUUGCUGUAGAAACAUUUCACUUUAUAAGAAUAUCUCCUUCUGUGUAGUCUGAAUACUUUGUAAUAAAUAGUGGAAGGUGCCUGGUUCUGAGAUGUGUAGGAUUCCUGAAGGAGAUUUGGGAGAUUCAGAAGGCUCCUCGGACAGGAUAGUGAUGUCAUUGCCGCUAUUUAUACAUCUCCAGCUACAAAGAUUCCACAAAGUCAGAAUGUGAUGUGAGGGCGAUCAUUAGACAUCCAGUCUGGAGAUCUGCUGACCAUCGAGAGGGGAGAAAACGAUGAAAACAUGAGCGACAUUAAACUGACCGUCCUGGGCAGCCCUGGAACCGGAAAAUCUGCUCUCAUUGUUCGUUUCCUCACUGGAAGGUACAUCAGCGAAUAUGCCUCAAACUCUGAAUGUGCGUACACCAAACAGACGAAUGUGGAUGGGAGGCUGACCAGCCUGGAGAUAUAUGACCCAUGCUCACAGCUGUCGAUGAGCAAAGAACUGAGCCGGGCAGACGGUUUCUUGAUUGUGUAUGACAUCAGCCGAAGAUCGUCCUUUGUCUUCGCCAAGACAAUAAUCUGCAGCCUACGCGAGACCAAUGUCAGGAUGUGUAGGAGAGACACGGAGGCAGGGCUCUUCUUAAUUGGUAACAAACAGGACCUGUGCCACAUGCGGGAGGUGCCACAAGAGGAGGGGCAAAAGGUGGCCUUGGAGCAUCGCUGUCACCAUUAUGAACUCUCUGCAGCUGAACAAUGCCAGGAGGUCAAUGCCAUGUUUACCGCCAUUGCCAGAAAUAUCAUCUUACAGAACAAAAUAAAAGACAAGAGGCGGCCAAGUGGCUCCAUGGCCAAACUGAUCAGCAACGUCUUCGGGAAGAGGCGCAAAUCCGUCUGAGCAGUUUUCAUGUAAUUUAAUAGUAGAAAACAAUAUUGAUUAUUGCUCCACCCUUCUAUCCCACCCCUGACUCAAAUGAGACAGGAUGAAGUUUCAUCCUCAAAAAUUAAAACUUCUAGAAUAAAAAAAAAAAAAAAAUGAAAACAA